ACGGCAACUCUGCAGCUGAUUGACAAUUAUAUAUUUUUUAUGUGGUUGAUGGAGAUAAAAAGAAAAGUUAAAAAGUGCAGAAAUUUUAGAAUUAAAAAUUUAAUAGAAAACAGGAAAAUGCAAAUCCGCAAUGAAUAAUCAAUACCUAGUUUUCCUCUAACAAUAAAACCAAUUAAAACGUGUUAAUUAUUAACAAACGAGCACUGGAAACAAGUCGAAAAACACCGAGAGUGUGUGUCAAACGUAGAAGAAAAAACAUCAAUUUUUUUCUCAUUGACGGACAAGUAACAAGAUAAAUGUGAAAAAAUGUAAAAAUAGAUUGCAAAACAAGCCCAAGAGCAAAACUAGAAAUGUGUUAAGAGAAUUUGAAGAAAAUUCUAAGCCGAGUUAUUGUGGAAAAUUACGCAAAAAUUUACUAUAUAUCUCCACACCCACUUAUCGGAACCCGUGAAAAAACAACAACAACAAAAUAUAGAAAACAAGAUUCCUUUGGUCAUGUCUGCUAUCACAGAUUAAUUAUAAUUAUCUGGAAAGAAAAAAAACAUAAAAAGCAGAUUAGUAAGCUUCUAAAAUGCCAAAUAAUUUAAUAUGUGAAUAAAAAUUGUAAAAGCCAACUCCCUUUGAAUAGCGAAGUGGCCAAGAGAAAGAAAAGAAAAAGGGCAUCUAUUGAACACAAACAAAAACAAAUCGAAACGGCCCAUCAAGCAAAUACCGAUCGAAACCAACUACAAAAAGUUGCUGACGGCGAACAAGAGAAAAACAACAGAACCUAAGAAGUCGCAAAAGUACGAAGGUGGACUAGGUAUCAUAUUUUCCCCCUCUAAAUAAAAGUUGCCGUAAUGGCAACGCAACUGGAUCCUAAUGUCAAAGAUGACCUGAAGACACAGUUUAUAACACGAGAGGGUACCUAUCGACUUCUUACCCUCUCCGAGUACUCACGACCCAAUCGUGGCUAUACCAAUAAUCAGAGUUCACCACAAGUGCGAGUUUCGAUUGUUACCUUGCCAAAUCCACCGGCUGGCGCUGCUAGUAAUGGUAAUGGUGGUUCCUUGGCGGGGGCCGGCUCUUCUGCAAAUCCUGUAAAUGGUACAAAUGGUCGAAACGUCAACGUAAGCAAUUCAUCAUCAUCAACAGCGACCACAUCUUCAAAUGGAGCUGGUGGCAAUAAUAAUAGUUCAGCAAAUGGUGGUGAUACCUAUGAUGUUGGCCUGCAAUCGUCAUCGUCACUGAAUGGACCGGUAUUAUCAUCGCAAUCCCAGUAUGUUGUACCCUCAUCAAUGGAUGCACGUUUGGGUGCCGGCAUGUCAAUGCACACCAUGAUGAAUGGGUCCGGUGGUGUGGGCGGUGGUGCUAAUGGUGGUAUCGAUCAGAAUGGUAUGCCUGUAAACCAGGUGUUGGGUGGUGAUCGCAUAUGUUUCAAUUUCGGCCGAGAAUUAUAUGUCUAUGCAUUUCGUGGUGUAAAGAAGGGUGCCGAAUUAAGUAAGCCAAUUGAUAGGAAAUUCUACAAAGGUACCAAUCCUAGCUGUCAUGAUUUUAAUGCCACCACAGCAACACCUACUGGCGCGCCUUUACUGGUGGGCUUUACAACGGGACAAAUACAAUUGGUUUCACCACAGCCAGGACCACGUGAAUAUCGAAAACUUUACAAUGAAGAUCGUCUUAUUGACAAAACCAAAGUGACCUGCUUAAAAUGGCUGCCAAAUUCACCAAAUCUCUUUUUGGCCUCACACGCGUCGGGACACCUGUAUCUAUACAACGAGAAUCUACAAUGUCCACCGACGGCGCCCGUCUAUCAGUCCUUCAAAAUGGGCGAUGGCUACUCAAUACUAACCUGCAAAUCGAAAUCGAGUAGAAAUCCCCUCUACAAAUGGGUUUUCAACACCGAGAACUGUUGUAUAAAUGAGUUUUGCUUCUCACCAUGUGGUUCAAAUUUAGCAAUAGUAUCUCAAGAUGGCUUUCUCAGAGUGUUUCAUUAUGACACAAUGGAAUUGUUGGGUAUAGCACGUUCCUAUUUUGGUGGUUUUUUAUGUGUAUGCUGGUCACCGGAUGGCAAAUAUAUUGUGGUGGGUGGGGAAGAUGACUUAGUCACAGUGUGGUCAUUUCAUGAGCGACGGGUUGUGGCCCGGGGUCAGGGCCACAGAUCGUGGGUUUCAGUGGUGGCUUUUGACCCAUACACCACUUCAUAUACCUCGUGGGAUGGUGGAGACUUUUCGGAUGAUGAGAAUCAAAUAAUGGAGUAUUCAACGGCAGGGUCUCGAUAUGCGGGUGAUCAGUCGUCGGCAGUGAAUGGUUACGAUUCGUAUGGUGGAGCUGCGGGUGGUCACGAUAAAAACUCAACGCCCAUUCACACACGACAGAGGCCCCAGUCGGCGUCAUUUCGUUCGGAGGCCUCUUCAUUGGCUCCAGAUAAAUUAGCCAUAAGUUAUCGUUUGGGUUCUGUUAGUCAAGACACUCAAAUAUGUUUGUGGGACAUCACCGAGGAUAUACUAAGGCAUCCUUUGUCCCUGCGCCAGCGUGUGAAUAGUUCUAAUUUGAACGACUCUAGUUUUAUGAAUGGCGGCACAGACGCCGAUGGUGUGAAAGUCAUACGACCAGUGGCCAUAGGCCAUCCUAACUUCCCCCAGCCACAGCACUGUAGUAGUCCUACCAAAGAUAUGCAGACCAGCAAUAUAACGACCACACCACAGACAUCAGCAGCUUCAGGAGAACAAAAUAGUAAUAGUAGUUCUAGUAAAUUUUCCACAGCCAAUUGUACGAUAUCAUCGCAAUCUUCUAAUGCCAAUACGCCACCCGACGAUAGCUCGGUAACGGCGUCCACGUCGACAAAAGCCAAUUCGAAAGCGAUUUCAAAUGCCAUUAGUAGCAGUGGUGGCGGUGGAGGGUCAAUAAAAUUUCCUAAUUGCAUAACAACCACUAAGUCGGACUCAAUAGAUGGUAACAUAACUGGAAAUCAUGUCAACACACUCUCUUCAUCCUCGGGCUACAAUAGCAAAACAUCGAACAGCAGCAAAUCUUCAGAUUCGGGAAUGUCGGCAUUCAACUCGCUAACCCAACGUCUAUCAAAUUUCUCAUUUCUCAACUCAUCCGACAAGAAAUCUCUAAAUCUAGAGGGUGGCAGUACACGGGCGAAUCGUCGCACCCUAAGUCUACUCAAAUCGUAUAAUCAUCAUAAUUCCUCCACACUAAAUCAUCAUCACCAUCAUAGCAAUCACCAGCAUAUGGCAAAUUCAACACAAAUUGAAACAAAUGCAAAUUCAACGUCAACAUCGUCGCACAGUUUCGGUUCUCUCAAGCUGGGCAAAUCGUCGUCGUCACAUCAACAUCACCACAAUUCAUUGUCACACAACAUGUCGAAUUGCUCGCCAUCGUCAACAACCAAUUCAAUUAUAACAUCAUAUGACCCACUGAAAUUGAUUGGUACACCAGCGUGUCCCCGUUUCGAUGAGUGUCCACUGUUGGAGCCGUUGGUGUGCAAAAAGAUCGCUCAUGAGCGUUUGAGUGCAUUAAUAUUUCGUGAAGAUUGUUUUCUAACGGCAUGUCAGGAUGGAUUUAUUUAUACAUGGGCUAGACCGGGUUAUUCAACGAAUGUUCCGCAACAUUUAUCGCCAACGCAAACAGCACCGCCCGGCGGUACGGUAAUAUAGUUCGAUAAAAUUAAUAUAAAACAGUAUCAUAAGAAUUUAGAGAAAUUAAAUCACUAUACUCCAAGUCAUCCUACAAUUACUACUUCUACUGUUAGUACUAUAAUCACUUCUACUACUGCUACUCCCUCCUGUACUACUCUUGUAACAACAACAACAGCAGCAACUACUAUGGUAACUUUAGCGCCAACAACAACAACAAAUAUUCUCUGUUUAACCACAGGUGAGCAAAGAGUGUAAAAACAAAAGAAAUCUGAUGAUAAUAUUAUUUAGGAAACAAAAAAUAAAAACGGUUUUUAUAAAAAACUUUUUUUAUACAAUUCCUUUAUUUUUGAUAUGUAAAAAAACGAAACUAAUAAUAACAACAAAAUGCAUAUUAUUACAUAACAAUAAAAGGCAUAAAUAUGCAUCAUAAACCAA